AUGCGCCACUUCGACACCUGGGUCCUCCGUGAUCCCUACUCCAUCUGGCACUACUAUCCAACCGGCCAUCGCUGGCGUGAUACCGUCCGCGAUUUAAUCCAAUCCCGCGCCAUCUGCUCUCCAGAGAAUACCCUUCAUCCACCUCUAAACUGGAACCUGAACCCAUCCACCCAAUCCCAAUUCCAAUUCCAAUUCCAACAAUCCCCGCUCCUCCGUCUCCCGCCCGAACUCCGUCAAAUCAUCUGGUCCUACGUCCUCACCAACUCCCCAACUCCAAACACCCAACCCCCACAAACCAUCCAUCUAGUCCAACUAAAAGGCAAAAUCCGUCAUGUUCGCUGUCCAACCCCAACCCAACCAACCCACCGAGUCCCAAUUCACCCAAACCCCUCCUUAACCCAAAACCGCCACUGCUGCCCCACAACCCCGGCCCGCUGGCGCAUCUACGACGGUCGAGUCCCAGGCCACAGCGACAGACUCCUCUACCCGCACACCCACUCCCAUCUCCCCUCAACACUAAGUAACAGCAACACCGCCCUACUCCGCGUCUGCCGGGCAAUCUAUUUCGAGGCCGAGACAAUCCUGUACAAAUCCUCGCAUUUCGACGUCGAUGAUCUAUACACUUUCAUUGCAUUCGCGGGGUCGUUGUCGCCGGCUUCCCGGAAUGCUAUUUCGCGAUUGACGGUUCAGUGGAUGCCGAUCUGGGUGCCUAUGGCUGGUCUCGAUCAUAAGGGUUCUAUCUAUGCGCAUACGCAUAGUGAUGCGUUGUGGGUUCGGUUUUGGGACGUUGUGGCUUCGUUGGAGGGAUUGCGGGUGUUGGGGUUGAGUUUGGAUUUGGGGAGGUUUACGAGUGUGGUUGGGAAUAUGGGGGAGGCGGUUGUUUCUGGGCAGAGGAUUCCGUUUGGGAUUGGGGAAGGGUGGGUGAGGCCUAUUCUUGGGGUUAGGGGGUUGGAUGGGUUUGAUUUGGCGGUUACGGCGAGGUGUGAUUUGCUUGCUAAGGGGGUUGUUGAGGGGGAGUUGGUGAGAGAUGUUGGGCUUUUGAGGGAAGAGUUGAGGGGGAUAUUGUGUGGACCGAGGGAGAGUGGGAUUGGAAUGGCGAAGGGGAUGGAGGAGAGGAAGAGGGGGGUUAGGUUGGCGAUUACUGCUGCUUGA